CCGAUAGGUAUCUAUGUAGAGAAAGACCGAACAGCUGAUCGAACAAAAAUUGAAAAUAUAUAAAUUAACUUAAUUUUGGAGUUUUGUGAUCAUAAUACAUCUAUUGCUUGUCAGAUUAGGACCGAUAGAUACACAAUCAUGAAGUUUAUUGUUACACUGAGUCUUAUCGCUGUUGUGGUAGCUGAUGUCUCCCAUCUUGGAGCCACAGACUAUUCCGCAGAAUAUGCACCACCAACCCCACAACUUGAAUACGGAGCACCUGCUCAGCAAUCUGGUGGGUUCUCCUCGGGAGGUGGAUUUUCAUCAGGCGGUGGAUUCUCAUCAGGCGGUGGAUUCUCAUCGGGAGGUGGAUUCUCAUCAGGCGGUGGAUUCUCAUCAGGAAUUGGACAGCCAGCUCAAUCAUAUGGCCCUCCACCAGCUCCAGUGCAAGAAUACCUACCCCCAGCUCCCGAAUACUCAGCUCCUGUCCAACAAUACUCUGCUCCACAAUACAGUGCUCCAGCUGCUCAAUACGGUGCUCCCAUAGCCGCACCUGCUCCAGUCUAUUCUGCUCCAGCACCACAAUACUCUGCCCCAGUUUCACACUAUUCUGCUCCCGCACCUCAGUACUCUGCCCCAGUUCAACAAUACUCCCAACCCGAAUCAGAAUACCUUCCUCCAGCAGCACCACAAUAUUCUGCUCCUGUCCAACAACAGUACUCAGCACCAGCUCCACAAUAUACAGCCCCUGCACUUCAAUAUGGAGCACCUGAAGUAGGAUCUAGUUACGAAGGUCUGCAAGAUGAUGGAUAUCACUACAAAACUGUUAAGCGCAUCAGGUAUAGGCAUCGCGCAUAGGAAUUGGCAAAAAUAUGCACACGUGUGAAUGCUUGGUUUUAUGUUUACUUCGUUUUAAUAAAUUUUCUUUUUUAGUACAAAACCAAAAACUUUCAUUGAAAUAAUAUAAACACAAAAUAUAGAACUUUUAAGGUUGCUAUUGCAUAAAGAAAACUAAGGUGCUUCCUACUUUAUACCUACAUAGUAUUGAAUUAAAUUGUUUUCAGAUUAUAAAGCUAAAUGCAUUUUCUUGUAUAAAAGCUUCA